CUCUGUCUCUUUCUUUAUUGACUUCUAACAUAGUAGUACCCAGCUCCUCGCGUCCAAGCGGAAGUGGAAUUUCUGUGCAUGGCUUCGCAAGAUGGAGGUGAAUGUCCUUCUGGAGGGCUAUUUAGAAAAGUGUUCCACGGCCGAGGACCACGGCAAAAGGGAUUGGAAGAAGCGUUAUUUUGUAUACAAGCAUUUCCUUGCUAGCAGCAUUAAAUGUUUGGAGUAUUAUAAAGAUCGGAACUGGAGAAGACAAGAGCCGAAGGGAGUACUGACUCUGUACCCCGGGUACGAAGUUAUGAAAAUCCACGACCCAAAGAGGAAGUUCGCCUUCGACAUCAAGACAGUGGAACACACGUUUAGACUAUCCGCGCACUCAGAAGAAGAAGAAAAUAAUUGGAUCUUACUUCUUGAGAAGGAAAAUAUAGUCAAAUCGUUCAUGGUUGACCCAGUACAAGAUGAAUUAAUGCAAAGAAUCGGCGCCUGUGAAAUGUGCCACCUUCACAUUGCUGAUAAUGAGUUGCGCCUGAUCACCGCGAACGACGGCUUGCAGCUUGUUGCAUGGCCAUUUACAUGUCUGCGAAGAUAUAUGAGCAAUAAGGGGAAAUUCACUAUAGAGGCAGGAAGACGAGCCCCAACAGGGGAAGGGAAAUUCUCAUUUCUAACAUCACAACAUGAUGAGAUUUAUAAAGUACUUGACACGGUUAUCAAGUCAAGGGCCUCAAGAGGGGGUAGCUCCACCCCUGAGAAACCGCACCCUAGAUUACAACACUCUCAGCCAAUCGACAGCCUGCCGCAGACACUGAAACUUCAAAACAAGAGUUAUGACCACCUACAUGCCUCACCAUCUCCCAACCCUCCCCACCCAACCCAUCCUAAUUACGACCAAAAUGUCUUACCACCUCGAAAGCUCACAGGAGGCGGGAGUAUGGAUCGAGUAGAUGGUUAUGCAUCUCCUUAUGGUCAUGUUAAACCUCGGGAGUCCAUAACAUCUUUUAGUAGUGCAAGAGACUCGUUGGCUAGUAUGGACUCUGAUACUCUGAGUAUGGGUGCGGCACAUGAAUUUUUAGAGAACAAUCAGAACAUGGAGGGGUACGACACACUAACUCCUUCUAUACCCAAACGAAAACCACAAAGUAUUCAUAGCGAUGGAAAAUUUGAUUCUGAAGACUUUUAUAACACUAUUAGUGACGUGCAAGGGGCCAGCAUGUCUGAAGGUUUUACUGGAGGGAAAGUGGAAGGAGAUAUGUAUAACACUCUUUUGCAUGUUCCUGUCUCUCCGACUAAAACCUCCAGUCCUGGUCUUUAUGACAAUAAAAGCUCCCCACAAGAUUUGGGAUCCAGCUACGAUAGCCUAGACCAUACAACGCCUAAGAAGGGUCCGGCAAGGGCUUUGGAUUUUGGAAGUUACCAACAAGGUAGCAUUGAAGAGGAUGGUGAUAAUUAUAAUGUCCUUUUGCAUAAUACGUCGACUCUUGGGCCAAAAACUAAAUCAGAACUUGAAGAUUACAGUACUUUAGACAGGAGUGAUUUUCGUCCCUCACAUCUACCUUUACGGAAGACUCAGUCGAGCCCAGUGGUCCCCCCUAGAAAAUGCCCUCUAAGCUCCCCACAACAACCUAUUCCACCACCUCGAAUAUCACAUGCUCCAGAUCUGAACCUGACCUCUGGGAAAGACAGAAGCUCAGUUUCCAGUAUCUCCAGCAUAGUGUCGGGGCUCUGCCCUUUAGAUGCCUCAGGGAGCUUCACUGACAGCCAGUACAGUAUGUCUCCUGACCAGGACUUCUACUCAAGUGUUGACUAUGCAACAAUAACCCCGAGUGGGAAGCCUGAGGAGACGUCAACAAGGGAGUCUAAUAACCCCCCUCUCCCUUAUAAACCACGCAAAGCCAGCGCACCUGACGUUCUGAGCAGAGUUCCAGGAAUGUCCAGCUUGGUGUCAAACUUAAGGGCGACAUUGGUCGCAGAUGGACUAGAUCUAAAGAAGCCUCAACCAGCAAGACGAAAGCAUAAAAAGGUCCCGGAAGAUAUCAUCCCUGAAACUGAGGACUAUGCCGAAAUAGGUGAAGGAAAUAGACAUACAAGUGGAUCUGUUGAUGGUCUUCCUAGAAAUAGAGAGGUGCGGUCCCCAUCGGCACCAGCAGAGCUAACAGAGGAUAUAUACGAUGAGCCAGAGAUGCCUUCACAGCAGAGACCUAAAUCAUUAAACAUGGCAAGGGGGCUUUUAAAAAAGAAUUAAGGUAUUUUUUAUUGCCGUAUUGUAUUAUAGUGUGGUGCGCGCUAUAACCGGGCCACAAAUGCAUCUUUUUAGGAAAGGAGGCCAAAAGGAGAAUGACAGUUUUUAAUGGAUUUGGACUUCAUAACUAGGAGGAUUUUGUCAUACUCUGAUGCGCACUGAAGCAUUUAUUUGCCUUGAUGUUUUGCUAGUGAAGUCCAUGUCAAUAAUCACGUUUCUUGCUUCCUCACUGUCUUGAUGUACUAAGUUGUAAAGGUGGCCAUGCUAGCAUGCAUCGCACUGUAAAUACUACAUGUGGUACUAGCU